CCUGGAAUUUAUCUACUCUAGUGAAAAGGUCUUAAUUUAAGCUUGUUUGAGAAUAGUAUUUGUUUUGGUCUCAAUUGAUUCCAGAUCUGUUUAUGUUGGAAAUCUUCCUUCAUCUAUCUCGACCUCAGACCUUGAGCAAGUCUAAGAAUUUUGGUAAAUUGAGACCAGAUGGUGUUUUUAUUAGAAGCCGGAAGGAGUCUGAUGUUUUUUAUGAUUUCAUUGAAUAUCAAGAUGCCAUUGGUGUACAAAAUGCACUUAAGGCAUCUCCAAUACAGUUAAAUGGGAGAUUGAUUCAGGACGAGAGGAGAAGACCUAAUAGCGGUGUAUCACGAGGAAAUACACAGUGGUAGGUGUUUUGUCCCAGUCUCAAGCCGACAAUCCUUUUUGAUUGGUAUAUCUAGUAGAAGUAAGCAUGCAGAUCGUUGUCUUCGAGGCCGGCUAGCUAUUUGUGCUUUUUUGUUUUAAAUUCGAAUGUCAC